UACAGUCAGCUGCUCAAACUGCAGCCAGACGACACAAGGAAAGUGGAAAUCAGAAGUCAGCUUGAGUCUCGGCUGCAGGAUGGGCUCCGGCAGCUCCAGCAUCAACAACAUCCCAAACGCCCAGGAGCUCAUGAAGGAAACCGGCUUCUCCGCCGCUCACAUCCUCCGCCUGUACGAGAGGUUUGAGUUCCUGGACAAAGAGCAGAGAGGAGAGCUCAGGCUCGAGGAUUUCGGAGCCGUUCCGGAGCUCGCCCUGAACCCCAUCGGAGACAGAAUCAUCAGUGCCUUCUUCUCUCCAGGAAAGGAAACGGUGGACUUUGCCUCCUUUGUUCGGGUUCUGGCUCAUUUUCGUCCCACAGAAUCAAACCGAAAUAAAAACGGAGCACAGCCAGAGCCGGCCAACAGCAGGACCGGCAAGCUCAAAUUUGCUUUCCAGCUGUACGAUCAGGACAAAGAUGGAAAGAUUUCCCGAGAGGAGCUUCUCCAGGUGCUGCGGGCGAUGCUGGGGAUGCAGGUGACUGAGGAGCAGCUGCAGAGCAUCGCUGAGCGAGCCAUCCAGGAGGCCGACCUGGACCAGGACGACGCCAUCUCCUUUGAAGAGUUCAGAAAGUCACUGGAGAAAGUAAACAUCGAUCACAAGAUGAGUACUCGCUUCCUGAGUUAAAGACACGAUCUGCUAAGAUUUGGGGAUUAUUCUGUUUGUUGAAAAGAAGAUGUUCAGUUUUUCUAAAAACCUGCAGAUGAGGACAGAGACGUGGUGCACAAACAGAGACAUGUUUGGUAGAUUCAGUUUAAGAUAUGAAAAGAAAAAGCGGGAUAGAAGAGUUUGCAGGGACUGUCCAUUAGCAGCUUAAUUAUAUGACCACAUGGACACUUUUGGCUGCACACCCAGUGUACUUAACCCUUGCUUGAUGGUCCUUUUUUUCGAUAGAUGAACCAAAGUACUGAACAAAUUGUAAUUUCAACCUGAUGAUGGAACCAGAUAAAUCGGGUUCGUCUGGGGACCAAGACUGUCCGAACAACAUUUAAUGACAUUCAGUAGUUGCUGAAAUUAUUAAACUUCUGUAUCUGAAAGGAGUUCAGUGUUUUCGAAGAGGUGUGUUUGUGCGGCUGCCAGCCAAAGUCAUGAGUUGUGGAGGAAAAGUGUUCUGAGCAGAAGUUUAAGGUGGAAUUCAGGCCAAACCGAGUACCAAAACUGUGUUACUUUAUCCAACGCUCGGAGCUGAGAAAUGAGAAAAAAAAGGCACAGAUGCAAAAAAAAAAGACCUCAAACCGCCUAUUGCAGUUGAAAUGGGGACUUUGUUGGAGAAUUAGAUAUAUUGAUAAACCACCUUGUUAUGUUAACCCUUUGAAACCUAAAGUAACAUCUCUUUUGUGUGCUGCUUUUAGAUGCCUUUAACAUGUAUUAAAAC